AUGAUCACAUCAGAGGGAAAGAAGAUUGAACGAUUCAUUUGGGGACUGACAUCCCCCAUUCAAGGGAACGUGAUAGCUGCGAACCCUGAAACUUUUGACAGUGCGAAGAGAUUGGCAAAGAGGCUAUACGAUCAUAACCACAAAAAGGGCGAGAAACCGGUAGAGACUGAGAAGAAGAAGGAGAGUGAUGGUAAGAAAGGAUGGAACAACAAGAGGAAGGGGCGUCAGGGUCCCGAGACCUCUAAAAAGCAGCAAACGGUGGCAGUUCACGCUGUCACUGCGCCGGUACCAGUCACAUCACAUGCUCCAACCUCAGCUGCUUCAAAUACCUCAAAACCCUAUUCUGGUACUCAUCCCAAAUGCAACAAGUGCGGUUUCCAUCACCAAGGAGAAUGUAGGGAGUUCCAUUGCACCAGUUGCAACCGAAGGGGACACACUGCAAAGUUCUGCAGGACUUAUCCUUCUCAGAACCAGAAUCAGGGAAACAAUCAGAACAACAACAACCCCCGCAAUAACAACAACACCAAUGCCGGUAGCAACAAUGCAGGGCUUAGCCACACCUGUUUCGAGUGUGGAAGGACGGGACAUUUCCGUCGAGACUGCCCUAACAACAACAACAACUCAGGAAACAGAGGAGCAGGAAGAAUGCUGACUAUGGGUCAGAGUGAUGCAGUUCAGGACCCCGCAGUUGUGACCGGUACGUUCCUCCUAAACCACGCUUAUGCAUGCAUCUUAUUUGAUACCGGAGCGGAGCGAAGUUUCGAGUUUCGAUGUGAUUAUCGGCAUGGAUUGGUUGAGCCCCACCAUGCUGAGAUUAUGUGCCACGAGAAGGCCGUUCGCCUUCGUCUCCCGAAUCACGAAACCCUAGUAAUUUACGGAGACAAACCUAGCACGAAUCUUCGUCUUAUCUCGUGCAUCAAAGCACAAAAACAUCUGCGAAAGAACAACUUAGCGUUCUUGGCCCACAUAGUGGACAAGACUAAAGAAGAAAUUAACAUCCAAGACAUUCCGGUAGCGUGUGAAUUCCCGGACGUGUUUCCUGAAGAUCUUCCAGGAGUACCCCUAGAGAGACAGGUUGAGUUCCGAAUCGACCUCGUCCCAGGAGCAACUCCCCUCGCUAAAUCACCAUAUCGAUUGGCACCUGCUGAAAUGCAGGAAUUGUCCAGCCAACUCAGUGAGCUUCUGGACAAGGGAUUUAUCCGACCUAGCUACUCGCCGUGGGGAGCUCCGGUGCUCUUUGUCAAAAAGAAGGACGGAUCUUUCAGAAUGUGCAUCGAUUACAGAGAGUUGAAUAAACUCACUGUUAAAAACCGCUACCCACUUCCACGAAUCGAUGAUCUAUUCGACCAGCUCCAAGGAGCUAGCUAUUUUUCUAAAAUAGACCUACUGUCCGGAUACCAUCAACUCAAGGUCCGAGAAGAAGAUAUUCCUAAAACCGCCUUCCGAACCCGCUAUGGACAUUAUGAAUUCGUCGUAAUGCCCUUCGGUCUAACAAAUGCACCCGCCGCAUUUAUGGACCUAAUGAACCGAAUCUGUCAACCGUUCUUGGACAACUUCGUCAUUGUGUUUAUCGAUGACAUCCUCGUCUAUUCUCGAAGCAAAGAGGAGCAUGGCCAACAUCUCCGACAAGUCCUAGAGACGCUGCGAUCGGAAAGGCUUUACGCCAAACUCUCUAAGUGUGAGUUUUGGCUACGGAGCGUGAAUUUUCUCGGUCACGUAGUUAGCCAAGAUGGAAUUCAUGUGGAUCCCUCUAAGGUCAAAGCUGUGGAAGGAUGGGAAACUCCGACUACGCCCACCGAAAUUCGUCAGUUCUUAGGCCUAGCAGGCUACUAUAGUCCACAAAACACAGAGCUACCUUCAUCUUCCUCCUACAAAGAGCUCAACUCCGCCACCAAUGGCUUCUCCGAUGAUAAUUAUAUCGGAAAAGGCGGUUCGGGUACCGUGUACCGUGGUAUACUCAGAAAUGGAAAACUCGUUGCUGUGAAGAUGCUUGAUUCGGAGUCGUUAGACGCCGAGCGUGAGUUCCAAACUGAGCUUCGAAUCCUCGGUGGAUUAGAGUCGCAGUUUAUCGUUUCAUUGUUAGGGUAUUGCUUUGAUAAGAGGAAGCGAUUGGUGGUUUAUGAGUACAUGCCGAAUCGGAGCUUACAGGAAUCUCUUUUCUCCGAUCGUAGCUUGAAUUGGGAGAGAAGAUUCGAUAUCAUCCUAGAUGUUGCUAGAGCACUUGAGUUCUUACACCGGGAAUGUGAUCCGCCGGUGAUUCACGGAGACGUGAAGCCUAGCAACGUCUUACUCGACACUGAGUUCCGUGCAAAACUCGCCGAUUUCGGAUUGUCGAAAUUGAAGAUCGAGCCGGAAUUCGGUGUGGAUUUGUUCAGUCAGGAUCUAUCAGGAACUUUAGCUGGCGGCGGCGUCGGAGAGUCUCCGGCGAUUGGAACUCCAGUCGAUAGUAGUACCGCUAAUGAGGUAGAUUUCGCUCUUGCUCUACAGGCUUCCUCCUCUUCGACGCCGACCAAUAAUAAGGUUGUGUGUAAUAAUCCAAAAUUUGGGUUCACAAACGAAAAAGGAAAGGACAUUGAAAAUGGUGGUGGUGAUGAUUGGAUUAACAAUAAAUUCACGAAUUAUGAUGACGAUUUAGGUCUUAAUUUCGAUAAUAAUCACAUUGGAGAAUCCAAUAUGAAUCCCUCCGACGAUCGCAAAACUGGCAAGAAACAAUGGGGGAAAGAUUGGUGGUGGAAACAAGAGGGCAGCGGUGAGCUUUGCAGCAAGGAUUACGUCCGAGAAUGGAUCGGAAGUCAAACCUGUUCAUCGGCCAAUCCAGAUUGGGAUGAUGAUAAGAACUUUGAAUUAAAGGAUUCCAACGACAACGAAAACAAACCAGAAAACGAAGAACAGAGUGGCUGGAAACCACACCGGAAAAUGCAAGAAUGGUGGAAAGAAGAACACCUCGACGAACUCAGCAAUAAGAAAGUCGAGAAGAAGAAGAAGAAGAUGAAACGAAAAUUGAAGCUCUCGAUCUUCCGAAAAAAACGAAAAACAAACCGUCAUAAUCACGAAAACGAGAUCGAUCCAAACACAGAGUUCAGUUUCAGGAAGAACUCAAAGAAGAACAGCGAAGAUCUCUUCAGCCGCGAACUCAGCAGCACAACAAGCAUGCGAGGGACGCUUUGUUACGUAGCACCAGAAUACGGUGGUUGCGGUUAUUUAAUGGAGAAAACCGAUAUUUACAGUUUUGGAGUACUGAUUCUGGUGAUUGUUUCUGGUCGAAGACCAUUACAUGUUCUAUCAUCACCGAUGAAGCUUGAGAAGGCGAAUUUGAUAAGUUGGUGUCGACAAUUGGCUCAAGGUGGUGAUUUGUUGGAAUUAAUGGAUGAGAGAUUGAAAGAGGGUGAAUGUUAUAAUAAGGUGCAGGCGAUUUUGUGUGUGAAUUUGGCUCUCGCUUGUUUACAGAAGAUGCCGGAGUUGAGGCCGGAUAUUGGGGAUAUUGUGAAGAUUUUGAAAGGGGAAAUGGAUCUCCCGGUGGUUCCGUUUGAGUUUUCACCAUCACCGCCUUCCAAAUUGGUCGGGAAAUCCAAAUCAAGGAGGAAGAACAACAAUGCCGAUUGA